CCUCCCCGUCGGCGAGUUGAGAAGGGCGGAGAGGGGAUGUGAAACUGCAUACUGGAGUAGCCAUGUUAGCUAUUAUUGCGUUUUAUUUUACUAAGAAAUAUCCUUACUGUGGAUCUGAAGUAGCGUCAGUUUCGUCCCUCUGCUUUGUGCGGCUCAACGAGUUUUGUAUUCCAAAGCUGCUGCUCGCCAUGUGUGGGGUCACUGUGUUUUCUUUGAUCUAUUAACAGAUUGCACUGUUUUCUUUUUGUUUAUCUGAAUGGUUUUAGUUAAAGUGACGGUUUAGAUGUGAAACGGAAGUCCUGAGAUCGACUAAAGAAACAACAACAACUUUCGCGCCGACUUGCAGAGAGGUACAGAGGAGAGAGGUACUGAUAUGAAGGUGGUGCAUCUUGGUAGAAGGCAAGGACUAGAUAUGGCAUAUUCUCAUAUUAAAGAAGAGCUUCCUGGACUGGAACCUGUCCAUAUUAAAGAGGAGGCCCCUGGACUGGAACCUGUCCAUGUUAAAGAGGAGGCCCCUGGACUGGAACCUGUCCAUGUUAAAGAGGAGGCCCCUGGACUGGAACCUGUCCAUGUUAAAGAGGAGGCCCCUGGACUGGAACAUGUCCAUGUUAAAGAGGAGGCCCCUGGACUGGAACCUGUCCAUGUUAAAGAGGAGGCCCCUGGACUGGAACAUGUCCAUGUUAAAGAGGAGGCCCCUGUGCUGGAACAUGUCCAUGUUAAAGAGGAGGCCCAUGUGCUGGAACAUGUCCAUGUUAAAGAGGAGGCCCCUGGAGUGGAAGCUGUCCAUGUUAAAGAGGAGGCCCCUGGACUGGAACAUGUCCAUGUUAAAGAGGAGGCCCCUGGACUGGAACAUGUCCAUGUUAAAGAGGAGAGUCCUGUGCUGGAACAUGUCCAUGUUAAAGAGGGGGCCCCUGGACUGGAACAUGUCCACGUUAAACAAGAGGUAGCCAAGCCUGAUGAUUUAUUACAUAGAGAGUCCUCUCAAGCCAUGUAUGCUAAUGGAGAGGAGGGGACUGAGCUGGGUUCCAUUCAGAGGAACCAUCACAUCUCCCAGCUGGAGGCUAUCCAAAUAAAUCCUGCAUCACAACAUGCACCAAGGUCACCUUCACCCUGUGGGACAACAAUGUUAGAAAAAGAACAUGAAUGUGGAAAGAGCUUCACUCAUUUAGGAAACUUCAAACACCAGCAACUUCACACAGGAGAGAAACCACACCAAUGUAUACAUUGUGGGAAAAGUUUUGGUUAUUUAGGAAGCUUCAAAAAACACCAGCAAAUCCACACGGGAGAGAGCUCACAACAGUGUAAUCAAUGCGGGAAGAGCUUCUCUCGGUUAGGAAACCUUAAGCAACACCAGCAAACUCACACAGGAGAGAAACCACACCACUGUAUACUUUGUGGGAAGAGUUACGGUCAUUUACCAACCUUUAAAAGACAUCAGAGAAUCCACACAGGCGAGAAACCACACCAGUGUAAUGAAUGUGGAAAGAGCUUCUCUUGGUUAGAACACUUUAAGCAACACCAGCGAACUCACACAGGAGAGAAACCACACCACUGUGUACUUUGUGGGAAAAGUUUUGCUCAGUUAACAACCUUUAAAAGACACCAGCAAAUUCACACAGGAGAGAAACCACACCAGUGUAACGAAUGUGGGAAGAGCUUCGCUCGUUUAGGAAGCCUUAAAAAACACCAGCCAGUUCACACAGGAAAUAAACCACACCAGUGUAAUGAAUGUGGAAAGAGCUUCUCUUGGUUAGGACACUUUAAGCAACACCAGCGAACUCACACAGGAGAGAAACCACACCACUGUGUACUUUGUGGGAAAAGUUUUGCUCAGUUAACAACUUUUAAAAGACACCAGCAAAUCCACACAGGAGAGAAACCACACCAGUGUAACGAAUGUGGUAAGAGCUUCGCUCGUUUAGGAAGCCUUAAAAAACACCAGCGAGUUCACACAGGAAAUAAACCACACCAGUGUAAUGAAUGUGGAAAGAGCUUCUCUUGGUUAGGACACUUUAAGCAACACCAGCGAACUCACACAGGAGAGAAACCACACCACUGUGUACUUUGUGGGAAAAGUUUUGCUCAGUUAACAACUUUUAAAAGACACCAGCAAAUCCACACAGGAGAGAAACCACACCAGUGUAACGAAUGUGGUAAGAGCUUCGCUCGUUUAGGAAGCCUUAAAAAACACCAGCGAGUUCACACAGGAGAAAAACCACACCAGUGUAGUGAAUGUGAGAAGAGCUUUGCUGAAUUAGGAAACUUUAAAAAACACCAGCAAGUUCACACAGGAGAGAAACCUCACCACUGUAUAAAUUGUGGGAAGAGCUUUACUCGGUUAGGAAGCCUUAAAAGACACCAGCGAAUUCACACAGCGGUGAAACCAUAACCAUUGUGCUGAAUGUAGGGGAAAGGUUUGAUUUGGUGGGACACCUUAAACCACCAGAAAACUCAUGUAAGACAGAAACCCUGUAACUGAAGAGAUGAACUUCAAUUGAUAUGAAAACACAUAUCAAUUAUAUUGGUUAUUACACACACACAGUACCUUGGAAAUGUUAUUUAAAUACGGUAUGCUGGAAUAAUUCAGUAUUGUUUAACUGCAUUUAAAACAUGUAACACAGCAGCUUGCAAGAUAUUGGAUUUCAAAGUCCUUUGUAUGAUUUUACAAUUUAAAAGUGCAAAUGAAGAUUAAAAUCACAAACAUAAAUUUAUUAUAUUAAUAUGAUUGUAUAACCAAUUAAUUUAGGAGGUAUACGACCUACAAGAAAAGUCUAAUAAAUCCAUAAGAACUGAAGGUCUCCCAACUAGUAUAGAUUACAAAAAAAAAAACAAUAGUCAUAAUAUGUGUUGUACAAAAAGAAAAAAAAUGACUUGGAGUUGUUCAUUGAAGUGAACAUGUUUUUGUGAAACAGUACCAGGCCAUAAAACUCACAAGAGCUGCUGCAUUCCUGUAGGUUCAUACACAUUCGUGUCGCUGGCACUGAAACUGUGGAAUUAGCUGCCACCAUCUGCAGGAGGCACCACACAUAAGACCAGCAAAAGAACAGGAGAUAUUUGACACAUUAUUAUUACUAUUAUUAUUAUUAUUUAUUUCUUAGCAGACGCCCUUAUCCAGGGCGACUUACAAUUGUUACAAGAUAUCACAUUAUUUCACAUUAUACAGAUAUCACAUUAUUUUUACAUACAAUUCCCCAUUUAUACAGUUGGGUUUUUACUGGAGCAAUCUAGGUAAAGUACCUUGCUCAAGGGUACAACAGCAGUGUCCCCUACUGGGGAUUGAACCCACAACCCUCUAGUCAAGAGUCCAGAGUCCUAACCGCUACUCCACACUGCUGCCCCACAUAAAUUAAAUAUUACACUUCAUGAAAAGUCAUAAGACUGGAUUCUGGAAUGGAAAUGGAAACAGUCAUUUUUAUAGUAAAUACUAGCCAGCCUGUGUUUUUACUUCCUUUCCCAUUGGAAAGGCUGUGCAUUUGAGACCACAUAGUUCUCAUGAGAGUGUGCUAGCGACAGUACAGUAGGAGUCUCUGAUAGUAUGUGGUAGAUACAAAGUGAACGCUAUGAAUGAAACACAAUCGACAGCCAUGGAAACGAGUUCAGCAUCACCCUAUAGAAUAACUCACUGUGCUUCAUAAAGUCGAAUGAAACCUGCUGAACAAUGUUAAGUUAACAUAUUCAAUUACAUAGCGCUUUGUAGUUUUCCAUAGUACUUGUAGAAGAACUGACACAAAUCUAAAUGUGACAUUUCUAAAUCUUACAUGAUAUGCCAUUAUGGUUUCCGGUAGACUUUCUGUAUCAUUUUGUAGUUUCUUUGAUUACAUGAUGUUAAAUAAAAGAUCUAACAAAAAGUGCGUGCAUCAACUGAGAAACAGGAUCAUAUUUUAUAAAAGGGAUACACACCUAAAAACAAACUUAACACACAAAAACAUAACAAACAGGAAAAUCAGCUUAAAUAAUCCAGAUUUCCUUCCAUUCAGAAUGUGCUUUGCCUGGUCAGGCUUGCUUCUGUUCAAAAUAAAAACAGCAGGUGGUACAUUUUAUGGUCCCACAUUAUGUGGUACUCGCCACAAUGUGCCUCUUGAUUUUUCAGACUCCUUUGUUGUUUCAUCGCAAUCCUUUUGUAGCUGUUCACGCAUGCGGUUGUCAAGAGAUCGAUCCAUUGGCAAAACUGGAGUUGCUUUUCCCUGGCUUUCCAGCUCUGACAUCAUAUUUUUGAAAUUCUUCAGUUCGUGCUGCUGCAGUUGUGAGGAGAGCAGUUUUGAUUUUUGUUUAAAAGCUGUCACAGAAGUAAUCAUUUCAACAAUGUUGUCUCGUUUCCUUGCAGCUCUAAAUUGAGUUUGUUCAGCUGAGCAGCAACUUCAGUCAAAAAAUCCAAAUCUAACAGCCACGCUUCAUCUUCCAGCUGCUUGUAUUAAGCAUCUCGAGGCCAGAAACUCCUUGAUUUCAGUUAAUAGACCCCUAAAUCUCUGCAGAAAUGUUCCUCUACUAAGCCAACUUACAUCCAUGUGUAGCAAGAGCUCUGCGUGUUCAGCUUCACUUUCUUCCAGUUGAGACCUGAAAGGCGUCCCUGCAGACAGUGAAAGAAAGGGUAUUGUUCAUUUCCAGACCCUUGCCAGAGCACACUACUGCAUUACACUGUAACAAAGCAUUUAUGUUUUUGGCAAGUUGAUAAAAUACAAGUGUUUUCAUUUUAUUAUAUUAUACCUUUUAGGAGGUCUUUUUUCAACAGGAGUAUUUUUUUUUAAUAAAUUAUGUUACCUUAGGUACCCUAGGGUAAACUAAAGGGAUUUCUUCACAAUUCAACUUUAAUUAUUAAACCUGUAGUUAUUAUACUGUGGAGGUGUGUCACAAAGACAGCAGGAGUGGGUGGCGUCAGACCAGAAGCAGGAAAUAAAACGACAGAGAGGUGUGGUUUGGUGGAGCUGAGCGAAUGGUUUCGCUCUGCAUUUAAUAAACAGAACAGAAAAUAAAAAGGUUGAACAAACAAACACAAACACAAAACAGGACACGGCACUUACGCCAAAGUAAAUAGACAAACAAAACGAACUAACACUUAACAAACGGUGAGAACAAACACUUUACGUUUUUAUUUUGUUUUUAUUUUGCUUUUCUUUCUCCUCCUCUCUCUCUCCCGUUCUCCACUCUCGAACACCCAACCCCGAGUGAGUCAAACGUGCAUCUAUAUAUACUGUUGUGCUGGGAUUCAAUUACUAAUUAAUUAUUCACUUGAAUCCCAGCACGUGAAUUAAUUCUGUGCAACCCCGUGCUCACAUACUAUACUUUAAAUGCACGUGAAGUGAUGUGCAAUCCCGUGCCUAAAUACAAUUAUGCAAUUUAAAUACUCGUGCUGCACACACCCAUUUAUAUCUCGUGUACCAAUGACUAUACACCAACAUUAACACACGCAACAUACAACAUAUAACACAGAAAAUACACACAGGGGCAGGCACUUCGUCACAAGGUGGAAUUUAUAUUUUCUGAAUAUUUGUGUAUCUAACUUUUAAUGCUUAAUCAGCAGGGAGCAUUUGCGUUCAUAAUCUGCUUAGCUACAGUAAUUUAGUAUCAAAAUAACUAUAAAGUUUAUAUUUGAAGUUUUUUAUGUUUAUGCUAAGCUGAAGCAAAUUUCAGAAGGAACAUUUUGUGGCUUUCUUUACAGAAGUAAAGCAGACACCUCCAUCCUGUCACAAACUCAUGAGAUGUCUGGGCAGACAGUCAAAAGUGACAGGUGUCUAGUUUAGAUACAAAGAGAGAUGGAAAAUAAGUUUGUAUGUGCGGGUAAGGUGUGAGCUAACAGGGUGAGCAUAUUGGAUAUUGAACAAAAAGAUGGGAGGGAAUCACCCAUGAGGUUUGUGUAUAGAUAUGUGUUUUUAUUAAUUAAGUAUUUGCUUAUAAGUUUUCAUUUUAUUCCAUAUAUAGAAUAUUGCUUCGGCUUAGGACUCAGGGUGCAGUUCCGCUUAAAUGUGUCUAUAAGAUAUGUUUCUACUUCUGUAAAAUCAUGGCAUGCCAUGACAGCGAGUGAGGAAAUAAGUCUUGGUAAAAACAACCCCUUAUAUGGAAACCUCCUGAAACCGUCUAUGUGAUGUAAGUGACUGUAUAACUGCGUGCUGAAAGGCUGCAUCAUUAAGUCAGACUUGUGUUUUGAACGCAUUUGCUGGCUUCCUUUGCACAUCGUAUUAAAGGUUGUUGUAAGACCACU